AAGCCAAGUCAGCAGCCGACAUAGACGGACAGUUCAGAAUUUUGUAUUCAAAGAAUUGUAGGACGUUCCCAAAGGGCGAAUCACACAUUCUUGUAAGUUCACCUAAUGAUGCCGUCGACCACAGAUGUGAUAGACAAUGACGUGAAAACGCAAAGACUUCAGGAAAAAAUAACUCUAAAGAGUAGCGGACUCCGCAGGCAGUCGGCGCUUUCUGUAAAGGAUUCCUGGCACUGGCUACGCAGCAACCUGUGGGUACUGCCUCUGAUUCACACUCACAUAUGGCUGUCCGCCGGGCAGUCUUUGCUGCAACCGUUCUUUCCACCCUUGGCUUCAACUAAAGCGAUUCCAGCUUGGAAAUGUGGUUUAACGUUUUCGUCAUUUAAGGCUUUUAUAGCAAUUGGUUCCCUCUCUUCACAAAGCCUGAUAGAAUGGACAUCCCCCAAGUUUGCGUAUCUAUUAGGCUUGACAGGAUUCUUCUUGGCCUGCGUAUGCUUUGCUCUUCUUUACUGGUGCCCCGAUGCCGCAUCUCUGCUUGGUGGAUCGAUAGCAGCAGCAUGUCUAGGUGGAUUUACAGAAGGAGUGUAUAUAGUCACGCUUUAUGCAAUGUGCACUGACACCUUUCUUCAUAACAAAGGAGUAAUAAUCGCAACAAUGGACGGCAUGUAUGGAAUGGGGUGCAUGCUAGGUUCAGUGGUUGGUGGCACCCUUAUCGACGUAAGUACAAAUGUUCAUCUUGUCCACUCUUAUCAAUAGUGCAGUUUCAGUAGUUCAAAAGACAUAUAUCA